CUCGACGGCUAGGGUUUAGGGGGAUUUUGGACAGGGGCGGAGGAGCGCGGCGCCGCCAUGAGCCACCGGAAGUUCGAGCAUCCCCGGCAUGGAUCUCUGGGCUUCCUUCCCAGGAAGCGUGCCCAGCGCCAUCGCGGCAAAGUGAAAUCCUUCCCUCGGGAUGAUCCUACGAAGAAGCCCCAUUUGACAGCCUUCAUGGGAUACAAGGCCGGCAUGACUCAUAUCGUCCGGGAGGUCGAGAAGCCAGGAUCUAAGCUCCACAAGAAGGAGACCUGCGAGGCUGUGACCAUCAUCGAGACACCACCGCUCAUUAUCGUCGGAGUGGUGGCGUACAUUAAGACUCCUCGCGGCCUGCGCUCUCUCAACACAGUCUGGGCUCAGCACUUGAGCGACGAUCUCAAGAGGAGGUUCUACAAGAACUUCUACAAGUCGAAGAAGAAGGCGUUCACCAAGUACGCGAAGAAGUAUGACACCGACGAAGGAAAGAAGGGCAUCGAACACGAACUGGAGCGUAUGAAGAAGUACGGCUCUGUGAUCCGCGUCCUCGCUCACACCAAGGUUCGCAACCUCAAGGGCAUCAAGCAGAAGAAGGCCCAUCUCAUGGAGAUUCAGGUGAACGGAGGCACGACCGCGGAGAAGGUUGACUUUGCGUAUAACUUCUUCGAGAAGGCCGUGCCGAUCGACAGUGUCUUCCGCAAGGAUGAGAUGAUUGACGUGAUCGGAGUCACCAAGGGUCACGGCUACGAGGGUGUGGUGACGAGAUGGGGAGUUACCAGGUUGCCCCGGAAGACUCACAGGGGUCUACGAAAGGUUGCAUGUAUCGGAGCGUGGCAUCCAGCUCGCGUUUCCUUCACGGUUGCCAGGGCCGGUCAGAACGGUUACCAUCACCGUACCGAGAUGAACAAGAAGAUCUACAAGAUCGGCAAGCAGGGGCAGGACUCUCACAAGGCAAGCACGGAGUUCGACACGACCGACAAGGAUAUCACGCCGAUGGGUGGCUUUGCGCACUACGGUGUUGUCAACGAGGAUUAUAUCAUGAUCAAGGGGUGCUGCAUGGGCGUGAGGAAGCGCGUCAUCACUCUCCGCCAGUCCUUGUGGAAACAGACUUCUCGCAAUGCUCUGGAGGAUAUCAAGCUCAAGUUCGUGGACACCUCCUCCAAGUUUGGACACGGCCGCUUCCAGACAUCGCUGGAGAAGGCCAAGGUUUUUGGAAAGGUCAAGGCUUAGAGUGGAAGAGCCUUGGUUUGUUUCUCUCUCUCUUAAAAUUUUGCUGAUCUGUCGUCCUUAUCUAUGAAAUCUCGAACUCAUUCGGACA